GAAGGUGAAACUGCUACAGAAGAGGUGAAGAAGAGCAACCAUGCCUUGAGGAAGCUGGAGAAGCGUCAACAGAGUUGCAAGCUUGACCCUCAUAUUGAGGACCAAUUCAGUAGUGGUCGUUUACUGGCUUGCAUUUCUUCACGACCUGGCCAGUGUGGCCGUGCUGACGGGCAUAUCUUGGAGGGCAAAGAGCUGGAAUUCUACAUGAAAAAGAUCCAGAAAAAGAAGGGAAAGGGAGCUGCCUAAAAUUUUCUUACUUGAGAUUUCAGCUUUCAGAACAUUUGAUGUUGUGUUAGUGUUGAGCUUUUAGUUUGAAUGUCAAGUAGUGGGUUUUGUCCCUAUACAAUUGUAUUCUCAUAUCCUCAAGUUGCAUGUACUUUUUUGUACUUUGAAGUUAGUACCUUGAACUUAAUAAAUUUAGCCUAUUUUGGUUGGUAUGGAUGU